CUUUUAUUUUGUUUGUUUUAGCUGCGGGACUAUAAAGAUGGCGCUCUCCAUGAAACAUUUAUCGUCCUUGAAAAAUAUUUCGUUUAUUCGACAAAACCAGACGUGUCUGGUAGCAGUUCGUCACAGAUAUUUCAGAAAAGGCUUCGACCCAGAAUCUGAAGUAUUAAAAGAGUAUGAGAAUCAAGUGUUGGGUGUGAAAGGGAAGGUGUAUGAGAAGAAGCCAGCAAAAGUUGAACUGAAGCCUGGAAAGAAUUACCACUGGUGUUCCUGUGGUUACUCACACUCACAGCCCCUUUGUGAUGGAACACACAAGACAUUAGCUGACCGGAACUGGACAAAAGUCAAAUUCAAACCUUUGGUUUUUCGGGUGGAAGAAGAAAAGACAUAUUUCUUGUGUAAUUGUAAACAGACGAAGAAUCAGCCAUUCUGUGAUGGAACACACAGAGAACUUGAAGAACAAGACAAGUGGAAAGGGAAAAAGGAGUAGAAAGGGACAGAAAUGGUCAUUUAUGAUCCCAAGGGAAAAGAACUCAGAAUAAAAGGCUGCAGAGCUGUGUUGAUUAAAUUCUCAAAGAUUAAAACUUGUGCUUUUAUAUAUCCAUUAAGGGUCCUCCACACACCUGGGAAAAGUUUUGCCUACAAGACCAUUCUGUUCAAUUACUUAAAGAUUUGAAUUUUUAGCAUGCGUUUGACUUAAAAAUGAACCAAAAAAUCUCACUUUUUUGGGGAAAAAAAUCAACUUUUAAAAUUUUACCACUGUUUAUGAAAAUAAAAACCCCUGCAGUAUUCGAACUCGGGACCUGGGGGCUGGUAAACCGAAGUAAAAUCCACUGCGCUACAGAGAAAGAUAACUGUACAAAUUAUGGUGGUCUAAACUGUGUCACAAUGUGCUAAAAUCGCCAUGUUGUGAGGUACUGUCAUAAAAAGUAGAAGUCAUGGGGUGUCGAGGAUCCUUAAUUGAUUAAUAGAAAAGAAUUCAUGUAUUGGUUCUGAGGCAACAUUGCCUCAAUAGUUUAAAUGCAGCAGCAUUGAUCGAUGUUGUUGCUGUAGUGAAAAGGGGAAUAUCUUGAUAUAUAAAUUAGAUAUGAAUUAUUUCCAUUUGCAAGAUCAAAAUAAAAUACCUGAUAGCGUCA